UUUGUUGGGUAAGCAGUGAUCGCAUUUGGUGGUGGUGGUGGCGGCGGCGGAGAUGAAGGAGGUGGGUGAGGAGGACAGGUGCCUGGACCCGCAGCUAUGGCACGCCUGCGCGGGCGGCAUGGUGCAGAUGCCGGCCGUGCGCUCCCGCGUGUACUACUUCGCGCAGGGGCACGCGGAGCACGCCAACGGCGGCGGGGCGGCGGAGCUCGCCGCGGCGACGGGGCCGCGCGCGCUCCCGGCGCUCGUGCUCUGCUGCGUGGAAGGGGUGCAGUUCUUGGCUGAUCCGGAGAGCGACGAGGUGUACGCCAAGAUCCGGCUCGCGCCGGUUGGCCCGGGGGAGGUGGAGUUCCAGGAGCCGGAGGAGCUCUGCCCGCUCGGCGGCGACCCCUCGGAGCCCCCCGAGAAGCCGACCUCGUUCGCCAAGACGCUGACGCAGUCCGACGCCAACAACGGCGGGGGUUUCUCGGUGCCGCGCUACUGCGCGGAGACCAUCUUCCCCAAGCUGGACUACAGGGCCGACCCGCCGGUGCAGACGGUGCUCGCCAAGGACGUGCACGGGGAGGUGUGGAAGUUCCGGCACAUCUACCGCGGCACGCCGCGCCGGCAUUUGCUCACGACGGGGUGGAGCACGUUCGUGAACCAGAAGAAGCUCGUCGCGGGGGACUCGAUCGUGUUCUUGCGCACCAGGCUCGGCGAGCUGUGCGUCGGGAUACGGCGGGCGAAGCGCGUGGCGUGCGGCGGCAUGGAGUGCAUGUCCGGGUGGAACGCGCCGGGCUACGGAGGCUUCUCGGCGUUCUUGAAGGAGGAGGAGAGCAAGAUGAUGAAGAGCCCCGGUGGUGGGUACAUGAGGGGCAGGGGGAAGGUGAGGAUUGCCGAUGUCGCGGAGGCCGCCGGCCUAGCGGCGAACGGGCAGCCGUUCGAGGUGGCAUACUACCCGAGGGCGAGCACGCCGGAGUUUGUCGUGAAGGCUGCAUCAGUGCAGGCUGCAAUGAGGAUCCAGUGGUGCUCCGGGAUGAGGUUCAAGAUGGCAUUUGAGACAGAGGAUUCGUCAAGGAUUAGCUGGUUCAUGGGGACAAUAUCUUCCGUUCAGGUUGCUGAUCCAAACAGAUGGCCAAAUUCGCCAUGGAGACUUCUUCAGGUGUCGUGGGAUGAACCGGACCUGUUGCAGAAUGUGAAAUGUGUCAGCCCAUGGCUUGUGGAGCUUGUGUCCAGCAUUCCACCAAUCCAUUUAGGACCAUUUUCUUCACCUCGAAAGAAGUUGCGGGUUCCUCCACAUCCUGACUUCCCAUUUGAGGGUCAUUUGUUGAAUCCGAUUUUCCACGGGAACCCACUUGGUCCUAGCAACAGCCCCCUGUGCUGUUACCCGGACAACGCUCCUGCAGGCAUACAGGGAGCCAGGCAUGCUCAAUUUGGUUUACCAAUAACAGACCACCAGCUUAACAAGCUGCACCUCGGUCUGUUCCAUGGAGGCAGUUUUAACAGACUUGAUGCUAUUGCUCUGCCUUCGCGGAUAUCCAAGGGCUUUAUGGUCAGUAGUGCACCUGCUCAUGACAAUGUCUCUUGUUUGUUGUCAAUCGGUACACCACAGACCACAGAGAAAUGUGAUGACAGAAAGACGACAUCCCACAUAAUGCUGUUUGGAAAGGCUAUAUUUACUGAGCAGCAGAUAACUUCAAGCGGAUCGAUGGAGACACUCUCCCCUGGAGUUACAGGAAAUAGCUCACCCACUGGCAAUGAGCAGAAGGCAGGAAAUGCAUCUGAUGGUUCUGGUUCAUCGAUUUGCGUUGGUUUCUUGUCCCAAGGUCAUGAAGCUUCUGACCUUGGUUUAGAAGCUGGGCACUGCAAAGUAUUUUUGGAAUCAGAGGACGUUGGUCGCACCAUUGACCUGUCUGUCUUAAGGUCAUAUGAAGAACUGUACGGUCAACUGGCUGAUAUGUUUGGAAUCGAGAAACAAGAAAUCAUAAGCCAUCUUCAUUACCGUGACGCAGCCGGUGUAGUGAAGCAUACCGGUGAGGUACCAUUCAGCCACUUCAUGAAAGUUGCACGGAGGCUUACAAUAAUUGCCGGUGACAAGGGGAGAAUUGAGAGGCCUCUCAUCGAAUGCUUAGUUGAGCAGGCGUGAUAAGUUCAAUAAACUCCCAUUUGAAUUUAAUUCAGACAUGAAUCCUACCGUGAAAGACUUUCCUUUUAUAUGUACUUGCGUGGGCUGUUAACAAAGCAGAGAUGCUUUGUAUGGUCAGUGCUGUGGAUUGCUUAAGUUAAAAGUGUGUGUGCUUUUAUCUUUGCCUCAGUUAGUUCAGUAUCUUUGUUGGAAUUGUCAUGUUCUUCUGUUCAAGUUCCUAAAUCAAA